AUGUUAGACGCGGCCGAAGUAGCGUCAUUGUACCAACGCACAGGCGAGCAAAUUCAGCAGGCAGUUACAGCCGACAGCGGCGGACAGCCAUUUCCAGCAUUAGCGCAUUACAAUGCAGCUCUCAAGCUCAUUGCCACACUACUCGAGGCCGACCAUGGCGAGAAGCGCGACGCCCUGGUAUCCAAAUACUGCGAGUACGCGUGCCGCGCCGGGGAACUCCUAAUACAGCUCUGCGACAGCCCAGGCUGUAGCAAAAGCCUGCGAGCAGGCAACGCUGCACUGGUGCAAGCGCGCAGCCUGCGCUCGCAGUGCAGCAUCGGGGAAUCCAUAGACGCUUACAUCGAAGGGCUGGGGCACUACCAGAGUGUACUGGCACAGAGCGAGGCGCGGGCAAAUGGUAGCAAUGGUGUCAGUCCAGGUGGCAUGCAGGGCGAUCUGGCGCGGGAGCUGCGAGCAUUUAUUUUGCUGGUGUUUAGCGAGGCAGAGGAUACGAAGCGGAUGAAGCACCGGGGUAGCGAGAGUUCAGACUUGAUGGAGUCGGUGCCAAAAACCGUGACUCGGUCGAUAUCGUCGCCGAUGAGUUCGGCAAAUGGCUCAUCAGCAUCAGCCCGGCCGCAGCAGCAAAUCCAGAUCCAGGAGCCGCCACAAAACCAUGAGCUGCCAAAGGCCCGGAGGCACUCGGAGAAGAACAUUGGGUCGCGGAACACGCGCCUGGGACCAUUGGCACACUCAAUAUCGCAGUUGUCGUUGCGUCCAGCAUACCCGGGCCCGCCACGGGAGUAUUUCACAGACAAGGACGGGCUGCUGCGGCUGUCGGCGAAGCAGCAGCGUAAGCUGUCGAGGUGGCGACGGGCAGGCCAAAUCUACAGGAGCCCACGGGUAUUCGAGGAGAUCGGGUGUGCGCAUAUAGUGCAGGAGACAGUUACCGACUGUUCGUUUGUUGCGGCCAUGUGUGUCAGCGUCGAGUAUGAGCGGCGGUUUGGAAAGCAGCUCAUUACGCAGCACAUCUUUCCGCAGGGGCCGACCGGUAUGCCCAUUUUCAACCCGUGCGGCAAGUACAUGAUCAAGCUGUACAUUAACGGGUUCUGGCGACGCGUAAUUAUCGACGAUCUGCUGCCUGUGGCUGAGGACGGCAAGCUCAUGUGUACGUACUCGUCUGAGGGCGACGUUGGAACAAGUCUGAUUGAGAAAGCGUACCUGAAGCUGAUGGGCGGCUACGACUUCCCAGGAUCCAACUCGAGCACCGACUUGCACAUUCUGACGGGAUGGAUCCCCGAGCAUGUUUUUGUGCAUGACCAGACAUUCAACAGCGAGCGCACAUGGCAGCGAAUGUACGAUGCCUCGCGCAAUGGUGAUGUCUUGCUGACAAUAGCCACCGGCGAAAUGAGCAACGACCUGGCAGGCACGCUGGGGCUUGUACCGUCGCAUGCCUAUGCGGUGCUGGACGUGCGUGAAGUGGGCGGCAAUCGGCUGAUCAAGGUCAAGAACCCGUGGAGCUCCGUGCGAUGGACGGGCAAGUUCAGCCACACGGACCGGACCAAUUGGACCACAGACCUGAUGCGCGAGCUGUGCUAUGACCCGGUGCUGGCCGAGGACAACGACCGCGGGAUAUUCUGGAUUGACUUUGAAUCAGUGUGCCAUCGCUUCGACGCCAUUCACCUGAACUGGAACCCGGAGCUGUUUCUGCACCGUGCCGGUGUGCAUUUCGAGUGGAAACUGAGCAUGGGUCCGCGGCAAGCGCUCUAUGAUUUCAGCGCCAACCCGCAGUACACGCUGACGGUCGAUGGGGCGGGAUCCAACCGGCCGCUCGUGUGGCUGGUCCUGAGCAAGCAUGUGCAGAAGACCGAGGAGAACCGCGACUUUAUUGCCUUGCACGUGUAUGACAACUGCAGUGGCCGGCGGGUGUAUGAGCCGCGGUCGGCCAUGCGCAUUGGUGAGUAUGUCAACAGCCCGCACGUGCUGGUGCAGUUCUCGGCCACGCCUGGCACCCGCUAUACGCUGGUGGUUGCGCAGCGCGAAAAAUCGAAGCCGCUGUACUUUACCCUUCGGGCAUUCUGCGAUGCGCCGAUCUCGCUGCUGCAGGCGCCGUUUCCAAGCUUCGAAGAGGUUGUGCAGGGCCAGUGGGGCAGCGGCUCGGCCGGCGGCAACCCGGCAUCGCCCCGGUACCUGGACAACCCGCAGUACAAGCUGGUAGUGCGCAAUAACGGCAAUCCGCGGGCCAAGUUCAGCGGCAUUCUGUCGCUGGAGUCGAAACAGAAGCAUCCGGUCAAUGUGCGUGUGUUCCGCGGCGGGUUCCUGGUGACGCGGGUGCUGGAGAUCAACACUGUGGCCAACUCGGGCAAGUACCGGCCGUGCUUCUGCACGUGCUCGCUGGACGGCCUCGACGAGGGCAGCUACACGGUCGUGGUGUCGACGUUCCAACAGUUCAUGUUCUCGCGCUUCCGGCUGACAGUCGGACUCGACUCGCCGUUUACAUUGACGCCGAUUCCGCGCGAGGGCGCCGGCAUGCGCAUGCGCGAAUUGCACGGCAGCUGGACGCCUGGCACCGAUGCCGUGGGUGGACCGGUCAAUUCACAGACCAUCCGCAGCCCGCGGUUCGUCGUGCGGACCGGAAAGCCGACAGGCGUGCUGGCACGGCUGCAGACGCCGCAAGUCAAUCCGCCGCCAUUGGUAAACGUGUCGAUUUACAGGUUCGACGGCGGCGUGGUGGGCGACCGGGUUGUGUCGUCGGGCAACUACACGAAUUCGCCACAGGGCGUUGCGACCCAUCUGGCCGAGGUUGGCAGGCAGGACGAGCUGGCGCAGUAUCUGGUAGCUGCGUCGACGUGGGAUGCCGCCGACAGCGCGCCGUUUGUUCUGUAUUUUUACUCGGAGGAUCCGGUUGAGAUCGAGUCGCUCACGUAG